AUGGCAGUCUACUCAACAGACCAUUCCUCCUCCGUCCUCCAAACCCACAGCUGGCGCACCGCCACCAACUCCGCCGCCUAUCUCCUCCCACACAUCCAACCGCACAUGAAGAUCCUCGACAUCGGGUGCGGACCCGGCAGCAUCACGAUUGAUUUCGCUCGUCUCGUACCCAACGGCCACGUAACUGGGAUCGAAUAUGUUUCUGACCCGUUAGACGAGGCCCACAAACUAGCAUCCUCCCAGUGCCUGACCAACGUGGACUUCCAAGUCGGGGAUAUCCAUUCUCUGGAAUUCCCAGACAACACCUUCGACAUUGUCCACGUGCACCAGGUGUUGCAGCAUAUUGCGGACCCGGUACAAGCAUUGCGUGAGAUGCGUCGCGUCGUGAAACCAAAUGGGGGGAUCGUCGCGGCGCGAGAAUCGGCUUCCAUGUCGUGGUAUCCCGCCAACGAUGGGAUCUCGAAAUGGUUGGAUCUCACGCAGAAGGUGGCAGGAUUGAAAGGGGGUAAUCCGCAUCCUGGGCGGAGGAUUCAUGUCUGGGCGGAGCAGGCGGGGUUUGAGAGGAAUAGAAUCAAGAAGAGCGCGGGAGCUUGGUGUUUUAGUAGUCCUGAGGAACGGAGAUAUUGGGGCGGGUCUAUGGAGGAGAGGGUGACUUCUUCUGGGUUUGCGGUGAUUGCGAUGGAUGAGGGGUUUACGACGAGGCAGGAGCUGGAAAAUAUUGCCGGUGGUUGGAGAGAGUUUAUUGAAGAGGAAAGUGGGUGGUUUGGGUUGCUACAUGGAGAGAUUUUAUGUUGGAAGUAG